UGAAUUAGACGCUCACAUGGCUGCGGUGGCUGCAUGAUCCGCUUUAGUUCUUUUAAAGUCCGGUGAUCGGUAGCUCCCUCGGCAGCGACCAUCCGGAGCAGAGGACCGCUGAAAAACACAGCGCCUACCCGGGACAAAUCAUGGCGAACAGCGGGCAGAAAGUUGUGCUGAUCACCGGCUGCUCCUCCGGCAUCGGGUUACGAAUCGCCGUCACGUUGGCCAAAGAUGAAAAGAAGCGUUACCAUGUCAUAGCCACCAUGCGGGACCUGAAGAAAAAGGACAAGCUAGUGGAGGCAGCAGGAGAUGCAUAUGGCAAGACCUUGAUGUUGCUUCCACUAGAUGUGUGCAGCGACGAGUCCGUCAAGCAGUGCAUCAACAAUGUCAAGGACCGCCACAUUGAUAUCCUGAUCAACAAUGCAGGUGUGGGCUUGCUGGGACCUGUGGAAAGCAUCAGCAUCGAGGAGAUGAAAAGAGUGUUUGAGACCAACUUCUUUGGUGUUGUUCGCAUGAUCAAAGAAGUGAUGCCAGACAUGAAGAAGAGGCGUUCAGGACACAUCGUGGUCAUGAGCAGUGUCAUGGGACUUCAGGGAGUGGUGUUCAACGAUGUUUACACUGCCUCUAAGUUUGCCAUGGAAGGUUUCUGUGAGAGUAUGGCCGUGCAACUGAUGAAGUUCAAUAUCCGGUUGUCCAUGAUUGAGCCUGGCCCAGUGCACACUGAGUUUGAGACGAAGAUGAUGGAGGAUGUGGCCAAGAUGGAGUAUCCAGGAGUAGAUGCCGACACAGUUCGUUAUUUUAAAGACGUUUACCUGCCGUCAUCCAUCGAUAUAUUUGAAGCCAUGGGCCAGAUGCCAGAGGACAUUGCCAAAUGCAUUAAAAAGGUUAUUGAGUCGAGCAGCCCUCGCUUCAGGAAUCUGACCAACAACCUCUACACACCCAUUGUGGCCUUAAAGUACGCAGACGAGACUGGUGGCCUGUCUGUCAACACUUUCUACAACCUGCUCUUCAAUUUCGGCCCCCUCAUGCACAUCACCAUGAGCAUCCUCAAGUGCCUGACGUGCAGCUGCCUGCGCAGACGCACCAUCUCACCUAACUGAGGAGGGUGUCCAGUCGUGCCCUUCAUCCUUACCCUCUCUCUUUGUUGACCCCACCCAGUUCCUACUGCCUUUUCCUGAAUUUUUGGGCAAAGCAGGUAGAGUAGAGCCAGUAACUCUGGACAGAGGAGGCGCCUUUUAGUUCAAAGACACUACCAUGAUAAGCUUUGCCUGACAACAUGCACAGUUGCACAAGUUUGUCAUAGAGAUGAAUGCAGGAUGACCUCAUGUACUCACACAUAUACACAAGGACACAUACAUACACAAAACACAGAAAUACAAGCAACACACACAUUGGAUUGUUGGACAUACAUGUUAUAAAGUGGAGGCCAUGCCUUAGUUAUCGCUCUACAGGAGGAACUGAACAGAGUGUCAAGUGGUUAGAUGUCUAUAUCAUUUUAGUAUACACACACACACUCGCACACACAGGACAUGAGACAUGAGCCCCAUGGACAGAUAACAAAGCACAAAAAUGAGCUCAGUUACGGAGAAAAACAGUAAAAAUAUAGAGAAAUAAUGAUGCUAUUAUUUUUUAGCCUAGAUGACUGUACACUCAGGCUCAGCAGAGUUAUAACGUAUAUGACAGAAACAGAAAGAAUAUAUCUGCUUUUAUUGUGUUGUGCCCUUAAUUUCAUGUUUGCCUUAACAUAGUGUUCUCAUGGUCAUAACUGCUGUCAAAUCAUAUUUUUUAAUCUUUUAAUGAACUGGAUGUUUUUGUUUUUUUAAAGGUUUGUGAAGGGUUGGGUCAGAUAUGUUUAAUCUAGCAUCUUGAUUUAGAAAUAAACAGAGUUCUGAUUUAUCCUUGAUUUUUAAGGAUGUCAAUGACAAAAUGUGACCAUUUUGACUAAUCAUGUUUAUCGAUCGAAAAAGCUCUGCAAGGUCUUUCUCACUAUCUGCAAGGCUUCUUGGGUACCAAGAGGGGGCAGUGUUUCACUGCUUUUUCCCAGACAGCCAACCUGUGGAUUUCACCACAGCAAGCGGAGUUGGAGCUGCAGUGUAAAGGAAUUUUUCUUUAGUGGCCUGACAAAUGCAAUUUAACAAAAUAGUUGCAAUCUUUAGAGUGUGUUUAUACAUUGUUUUAGACACUGCCCAUCAUAUUUUUUUAAGCAGAAUUAUUUCAAUCAUUGCAUUUCUUACAAUAUAUUUCAAUAAUGUGGUAGUCAACAUCAAUUCAUUACUGAUUUUUGACAGGUUAAUUUGGAAAGAUAGAUAUCCUCAGCUUUAUUGAAAGUUUUCAUGUAACAGCAGCAUCUCAGCUCACAGAGACUUUAAGCUGUUGGGAUCGUAUUCAGGUAAAGACACACAAUGCCUCUUGCAGAGCACGUACUUGUUUUUGCAUAUGCAUAUUUGUGAGUGUGCAUGUCUGUGCACAUACGCAGACAUUAGCAUGUGUUUUUCAUGCAUGCGUGUGUGUGCGUGAGAAUGUGUUGUAUGAGCAUGUCUAUGGGCCAAGUUAGUGAUCUGGUGAUGGAUAUAAAGAGGUCAUGGCCUGCUCCCCAUCAAAACCCCUCCCUUGAACCCCCACCCCUCUCACACACACACCCUGCUUUGUGCCGUGUGAGAGAAUGUGACCUGGUUCCCAUCCCUGAGGAGGGGUGAACCUUAAUGACGGCCUCCUCAGACACAUUGCGCAGCACUGAGCCUCCCUCUCCAGCUGGCCCCCUCAGCCCAUCAGGCCGGGACCCCCUGGUCCACAUUGGGAGAGGCCUGCGGUCUGGCCUGGAUUGCCUAGCCAGAGUUUGUCCUGCACACACCCUGUCCCAUCCCAUCCUGCCAUGGCCUGCCAUGUCCAGACUGGUCACACUCACCCAGACUGCAUUGAGCUCAUCAUCAGAGGACAGUGCAACUGGUUGCAGACCUGUAGUUUCUGUGCAGUGUACAAUGAGCGCAGCAGCUCAGCUCUGUGUAUGUGUCUUCAUCAGAGGCGACAGCUACGCACAAUGGAACAAAGAUGCUGUCAAUCACAAUCAAAUG